AUGGCUGAGCCGGGCCCUGGGCGAUCUCUGGGCUCGUAUUCCCCUGUAGACUACAUGAGCAUCACCAGCUUUCCCCGUCUACCAGAAGAGGAAACCGGGGGAGAGCCUGUGCCGAGAGCUGGGGAGGAUGAUACCUUCCUGGGGGAGCAUGACUCCGACCCAGACGCCUUCCUCAAAUCAGCCCGUCUGCAGCGACUCCCAUCUUCAUCCUCCGAAAUGGGAAGCCAGGACGCCUCACCCCUCAGAGAGACUGUCAAGGACCCUUUCAGCUCAGACUGCAGCUGCCGACAGGAUGGCCUCACUGUCAUCAUAACCGCUUGUAUCACGUUCGCUCUGGGCGUCACUAUAGCGCUCAUAAUGCAGAUAUAUUUCGGGGAUCCUCAGAUCUUCCACCAGGGGGCAGUAGUAAGCGAUGCUUCCCAUUGUACUGCUCUGGGUAUUGAAGUGUUGGAGAAGCGGGGGAGCUCUGUAGAUGCCGCCAUUGCUACAUCCCUGUGUCUUGGGAUUGUAAAUCCACAUACGUCAGGCAUUGGGGGGGGGGGGGUGAUGCUGGUCCAUGACAUCAGAAACAACCUGACAGAAGUCAUUGAUUUCCGGGAGACGGCACCAUCUGAAUUACAUAAUGAGCUUCUCCAGUACAGUAGGCAUAAGGCAGGUAUUCUGGUCGGCGUUCCUGGGAUGUUAAAAGGGUUGGCUAAAGCUCACAGCAUGUAUGGAAAGCUGCCAUGGUUGGAUAUUAUAUCUAAGGUGAAGGAAGUUGCCAGUGGAGGAUUUAACACCACACAUGACUUGGCUAAGGCUAUCAGUGACUUGAAAGAAGAUGACCUAUCAACCACUUUUCAAGAUAUUUUCUUCCCGCAUGGACUACCUUUAACAACGGGAACGUUCGUCAGAAGGCCCGACCUGGCUGCCAUUUUGCAUGAAGUAGCGACAAAAGGGGUGGACGCAUUCUAUUCCAGCAACCUGACACGAGAAAUGGUGACUGAGGUUAAUGCACAAGGUGGAGUAAUGUCAGAAGAAGACUUUACUAACUAUAAUGUAUCGGUUGAAAAGCCUGUACAAACUGUAUAUCAAGGCCAUCUUGUGUUUGCUCCACCUGCUCCUCAUGCAGGCCCCGCUCUUAUAAGUGCCCUCAAUAUUCUGGAGGGGGCAAAUCUGACCAAGCACACGUCUCGCUCUAUUGCCCUACAUUGGAUAGCUGAGACACUGAAGAUAGCCCUUGGUUGUGCCAGCAAGUUAGGCGACCCCUCCUUUGAACAGACAGUGACUGGAUACGUGACAGAGAUCCUGAGUAAGGCGGAAGCAAGUUUUUUCCGGAAGAAGAUUAAUGAGUUCCAAGCUGCGAAUCCUAAAGAUUAUGUGCCCUUCCAUUCUCUUCAUGUGGGCCCAGCUGCAAGUCAAGCCUUAGUGAUCGGUCCAGAUGACUUCAUCGUGGCUGUUGUCAGCUCUCUAAAUCGCCCCUUUGGCAGUAUGAUUAUGACUCCUUCAGGGAUCCUUCUCAACAGCCAGAUGCUGGAUUUCUCCUGGAGCAAUAAAAGCACCAACCUUUCCUCUCCAAAUCCACAGAACAUUGUUGAGCCGGGGAAGCGGCCUCUCUCUUUCCUGCUCCCUACUGUGGUGAGGCCGGCUCAGGGUCUGUGUGGAACAUACCUAUCCCUUGGUGGAUCCAAUGGAGAACGAGCGUUGUCUGGCAUUACCCAGGUUCUCUUAAACGUCUUAUCAUUUAAUAAAAACUUAAGUGACAGUGUGUCCCAGGGGCGACUGCAUCCUGAUCUUGAGACCAAUUUUCUGCAGAUUGACAGUAAUUUCCCUGAAAAUGACACCCAGGACCUAGAAUUGAAAGGACAUCAGCUGGACAGAACAGACAUCUUAUCUUUGGUCCAUGGUUCGCGCAGGAGUAACGAUCUUAUUAUUGGCAUUAAGGACCCUCGAAGUACUGACGCAGAAGCGGCCACUAUUUUGUGAGAACACCUGGUCAUAUUGUAAGAAAUACCCAGGAUGUUCAUGCCACGACCCUCUGACCUUCCUAAUGGGUUCGGAAGGGGUAUUUCAGCCUCUGCCAUUUGCACCCCAAUGAACAAAGGUGACGUCAACAGUAGGACCAAAUUAUACUAGUGAAAUCAAACCAUACAAUGUCUCCUACGUCAGAUCUCUAGUUGUCGUGGAGGACCAGUCACUGCAGAUUAACUUAUUGCAAGAAGUGGUUCGUGGAGCUUCUAAAUUUGUUUGGCCCUUAUACCCCAAGAAAGGAAAAUGAAAUUACAGAAUUAGUAUGCUCUUAAAGAAUUUUGCAAAACAGCUUUGAGGAAAUCUGACCGAAAUCUCUUUUAACUCCAUUUCUUUUCCAGCUGCGGAAGGGCCAGAACUUUUCUAGAGGGGCCAUAGUUUAGCUUGCCUAGAGCAGGGCAGGAGGUUUCAUCUGCUGCAAGCCGCUUCUCAGUCGGAUCCUGUGUUUUUUCACGUGCACUAGCACUUAAGGUGGGGGAGACAAAACAGAUGCCCCCUGAGAACCAUUUGGAUUAGGUUAUAGGAAGGAAUAUUAUUAAAAAGUAACUAAACCUUUGAGUGAAAUUUUAAUAAGAUGUCCCUAUUGCCCUAAUAAAAGUUUUCGUAAUAUACGUUAUUAAUGGAUUUUGUAUUUUUAUUCGAUUUUUCCCUACCUAAAGCGCACCAUUUGUGAACACCACUGACUGCUACUGGCUGUAGACACUUUAUGAAUUAGGCCU